GAACCCUCUCCCUCGGUCUGGCUGGCUGCUGUCCUGUCAUCGGUCUGGGUGUGGUUUUGCAGUCAGCGGUACCGUUAGCAGGAAACCGAGCUCCAGUCCGUUUCACUCUGAGGCGAAACAAAGAAAAAACAUUUCCACCAGCGAGCGGUUCAAAGUGUCUGAAAGUCGCGUUUGUUUCCUGGACACGGGAGGGCGUUAGUUUGGCGCCGUUGUUCUGAUGGGAAAAAGUUUUCUGUUGGUCUCGCUCACUGCUCGUUUGAUUUAAUAACUUUUAUAAUAAAACCUGAACCGGACGUAGAAGAAAGGAAAGAUGCCGAAAACGAUUAGUGUAAGAGUCACCACAAUGGAUGCUGAACUGGAGUUUGCCAUUCAGCCCAAUACAACAGGAAAGCAGCUCUUUGACCAGGUUGUUAAGACCAUUGGGCUGCGGGAGGUUUGGUACUUUGGACUCCAAUACCAGGACACAAAGGGUUUCUCUACAUGGCUCAAGCUCAAUAAGAAGGUGACAGCCCAGGAUGUGAGGAAGGAAAGCCCACUGCUGUUUAAGUUCCGUGCCAAAUUCUACCCUGAAGAUGUGUCAGAGGAGUUAAUCCAGGACGCCACACAGCGGCUGUUCUUCCUGCAGGUGAAGGAGGGAAUCUUAAAUGACGACAUUUACUGCCCUCCAGAGACAGCGGUCCUCCUGGCCUCCUACGCGGUCCAGGCCAAGUAUGGUGACUACAAUAAGGAAGUCCACACACCAGGCUAUCUGUCCAGUGAACAGCUGCUCCCUCAGAGAGUUCUGGACCAGCACAAACUCAACAAGGACCAAUGGGAGGAGAGGAUUCAGGUGUGGCACGAAGAGCACAAGGGCAUGAUGAGAGAGGAAUCCAUGAUGGAGUAUCUGAAGAUCGCUCAAGACCUUGAGAUGUAUGGAGUCAACUACUUCAACAUCAAGAAUAAGAAAGGAACAGAGCUGUGGUUGGGAGUGGAUGCACUGGGCCUCAACAUAUAUGAACAGAAUGACAAAAUGACACCCAAAAUUGGAUUUCCUUGGAGUGAAAUAAGGAACAUUUCCUUCAAUGACAAGAAGUUUGUCAUUAAACCAAUUGACAAGAAAGCACCUGACUUUGUAUUCUAUGCUCCGAGACUGCGCAUCAACAAGCGCAUUCUGGCUCUGUGCAUGGGCAACCAUGAGCUGUAUAUGCGCCGCCGCAAACCUGACACCAUUGAGGUGCAGCAGAUGAAAGCUCAGGCUCGGGAGGAGAAGAAUCACAAGAAGAUGGAGAGAGCUCUGCUGGAGAAUGAAAAGAGGAAAAGAGAACUUGCAGAAAAGGAAAAGGAAAAGAUUGAAAAGGAAAAGGAGGAGUUAAUGGAGAGAUUAAAGCAGAUUGAGGAGCAGACAAAAAAAGCCCAGCAAGAGCUGGAGGAGCAAACACAGAGGGCUCUGGAACUGGAGCAGGAGAGGAAGCGAGCGAAUGAGGAGGCUGAACGCCUCGAGACUGAGCUGAGGACUGCUGAGGACGCCAAGGUGGCUCUGCUGCAGCAGUCAGAGAACCAGAUGAAGAACCAAGAGCACCUGGCCACAGAGUUGGCUGACCUGACUUCGAAGAUUUCCCUCCUGGAGGACGCCAAGAAGAAGAAGGAAGACGAGGCAGUACAGUGGCAGCAGAAGGCUACCAUGGUACAGGAUGACCUGGAGAAGACCAAAGAAGAGCUUAAAAACAAAGUGAUGGCGGCUCACGUUCAGGAGCCACUCAACGCAGAGAACGAGCACGAUGAGAAUGACGAGAGCAGCGCUGAGGCCAGUGCCGAGUUCACAUCUGCUGCCACGUACAAGGACCGCAGUGAAGAGGAGCGCAUGACUGAGGCUGAGAAGAAUGAACGUUUGCAGAAGCAUCUACUUGCUUUAAGCUCAGAGUUGGCCAACGCUCGGGACGAGACCAAGAAAACGGUGAAUGACAUGAUCCACGCUGAGAACAUGCGAGCUGGACGAGACAAGUACAAGACCCUUAGGCAGAUCCGGUCAGGAAACACCAAACAGCGCAUUGAUGAGUUUGAAUGCAUGUGAUGUAUGCGUUCGCCAAUGAUGCAGCCCAUACAGCUGGGCCUUUCUGCCUGGACUGCAGUCCUGCCUCACUCAAGCUGUUUUCUCUGUGCGCAAAUAAAUCAGAUCCACAACAUGACAUGGCUGCACAAGCACAGCACAAUGUACAAACUUGGAUCUGCAAAAUUCCAUUUGCUAUUGUUCCGAACUUUGAAUUUAGGCAAGUCACUGGUUGAAAAGGGACAUACUGUAUUUUAUUAGUAAAUUCCUGACAAGGGGUUUAUGUAGCAUUUUAGUAAUGGGCUCACACCUCAUUUCAUGACACAUUGAGUUAGCAUUUUCAAUCUUUCUGUCACAUUUUUGUAUCAUGAUUUCAAAUAAAAAGACUCAGAGACAAAUUCAAAUUUCAGCUUAAAUAUAUUUCUGCUGUACACAUGCAACAGUUUUAAAACUAUGAUGUGUUGCCCAUAGCUGUAAAAGCAAAUGCGCUGUAAUCUACUCAAGCACAUACACAUGAUAUGACUGAAAUGUGUGGGUGGAGCAUUCAUAGAGCAGUAUUAUUUUUUACAAAUUUACAAUUUAUUUACUUUUAAUUUGAUUGUUUUUAGAAUCUGCCAGCUGUUACAAAUAUUACAGUAUUUCUUCUUCAAGUCAGUUUGUAACUACAAGGCUUCAGUGUAAAUUUUAUUGUUAAAGCUCAAGCACAUGAAUUUCUUAUUUCCUUUAAAAUCUGCAUGGAAAACCCUGAACGGUUGACAAAAUGAACUUGGCCUGAAAACAACCUAAAAACCUAAGCUUUCUCUCGUGUGUUUGCUAUGUACAAUUUUUAAACCAAUCUUUCAAUUUAGAUUUUAAAAAAAUGUAAAUGUAUUAUCAACAAUCUAACUCACUCUCUCAUGCAACAUAAAAAAGAAAGUUGCAUUUCUGUCACAAACCAUUCAAUUCAAAUCUGGUGUCUGUAAAACAUUUGAUUUGUUGUCUCUUUGAUAUCUACACAGCCCACAUCUGUGGAAACUUUCAGUUGUCACUUUUCUUAACAUUGAGUAUAAAUCAGCUUCAUCAUCAGUUCAGUUCAGCCUCAGUUUAAAAAACCUGUAGGACAUUUGAAUUUGGUUGUACUGUACCUUUUUAAGUGUUUUAUUGUAGCUUUACGCCUUUUCUUUUCAUUUUUAACUCUGCUUAUCAGUGAUGUUUGAUAAUCAAAAUACACUUUUACAUCAAUGUAACCAAUACAGCUCAAGGACACUGUAAUUAUCACAUGUCAAGCUGGAUUUGUGAGUGAACAAAUGCCAAUAAAGUGAAGCUGAAAUUUUGGUUGUUAACCUGAACUUCACUCUAGAAACUUUUUUCCACAAAAUCUUCCAAGAAUUUGAUGCAUAAAAUAAAAUAAUUUCAUUGACCAUGCACUGGAAAGUUUACUUUUGAAAUAUGAGUCACAGCAUAUGUACUGUCCUAGAAAGGCACUAUUUCCAAUGCAUGUAUUAUUGAUUAUUGAUAUACUGUAUGUAUUUGAUUACAUUUGUGUAUUUUGUAAUUGGAAUUUUUCAGAUAUAAAAUGAUGUAAGGUGCAAAAAAGUACACCUCUGAGGAUAUUUUUGUACUUGUCAAGGACAGCUUUUGUUCAAAAUGAAGUGCAUUUUGAAAAUAGUAUUUCAUUGUUAACUGAAUGAACAGCUCACUGCUGUGGUUCUAAGCUGAAGGAACAAGCAACACCAAAAGCCUGUGAUAGGACGAAUGAAAAGAUGCUACAGGAAUUCCUGUUGAUGGUGUAUUACUAAAGGCAGGCAAUAUACCAUGAAUGGAAACUUUAAAUCAGGCCAAAUCAUUCUGUGUAAAAAUGAAUGUAACAUACUUCAUUGUACCAUUACAUAUUUGCAUUCAGACAUGCAGAAAGUUUUGCUUGUUCAUAGAUUUUUAGAAAUUAGUGUUUGAAAGAUUUAUUUACACCAUUUUGCAAAUUCAAAGUAAAUGUAUUUUAGUGAUAAAUGUUUCUUUUCAUUUUAUUUUUACGUCUGUUAUUGAAUGAAAAUUUGUACCAAGAUGCAUUUUGAUAAACAGUGUUGUGGCCCAUUGUUGCGUGUAGUUCUUGUAUCUACUAUGAAAUGAAAAAUGCAGUUGUUGCUAUUUUGGAUAUUUCCAUGCCUUUGACAGUAACUCUUAUUAUGCUGCACUGAAUGUUCUACCUGAAGCACCAUGUAUUGACAGCCUUUAAGCCUUUAAGAAUCAAGUGUAAUUUGAACUCAAGUCAUCAUGUGUGAAAAAGAAAUGUAUUAAAAGAUGCUACUUAAUAUCUUGUCUUGAAUCAAAAAGGACUGAAACAUAAGUAAUAUUGUAAAUUGACAGACAGUGCCUUGCCCAGGUUAUUCAUCAGAUCUUGCUGCUUAAAGUCUUCCUUUCACAAAUGAAUAAAAAUCAGAUUAAACUGCC